AUGCGCUGCGUCUGCUGCGAGUGGAGACGAGUAACCGAAGAAGCAAAGAAGCUUCAUCCAGAGUGGCGAUCUACAGUUUUGGGCCCAUCGGGCAAUGGCCUAGAGAGUCUCGAACUGCUGCGAAGUAACCACUUGGAAUGGGCCGACACACGCUUUACACCGGACUUGGUGCUGCUCUCGGCUGCUAGUAAAGACCCCAGUCCGUGGCAUAGCGGCGGCUAUUGGGAGGAGGCCGCUGCUGCAAUUGAGGAGGCGAGACUGCUGCCUCCAACGUGUACAAUCAUCAUGAUGUUCAGUAUGAAUGCAGUGUUGGGGACAAGUGAGAGUGACGAGGGAGAAGGCAGUUCCAGCGCCGUGACGCUGUCGAUUUCAGUGGCUCAUUUACCCGACACGACCCUGGCGAUGGCGGAGCUCGAGAGGAAAGAGUUGAGAAGGUCUCAACGAGGCGAGGAGCUCGACAACCCUUUUCCUGUAUUGGAAGAGAACGAUACGCCGUCUUUCAUGUUGUUCGGCGUGAACGAAAAGAGUGCUGGUCAACUCGUGCAGGUUCUGGGGGAUUGGUAUCCUCAGGCCACAGUUGUGGGCGCAGUGUCGCCGCUAAUUGAUCGCUGUGUCCCUCUAGCAACAUACAGCGGAGUGGAACCACACCAGCGUCGACGGCGUCCACGAGGUCACGUCGUGUACCCUACGACGAUGCUACUGCGUCUCCACGGCAACGUCGGCAUGAAGUCGUUCUCCUCUUGCGGCUACUACCCGAUCACGCCUGUGAUUCGCUGCGAACGUGCGGAUGUAGCGCAAGAACUGAGCCAAGUAGUGACGUACGAUCUCGUCUCGACGUCAGAAGGUUCGCACCGCAUCAUGGAGCUCAUCGACCCGUCCGAAAGGUUCGCUAUCGAACAAGAAGGCAGGACACUCAACGUCUUCUCAAGUGCCGACAUUUCAGCACUCGAGCAUCUUCUGGACUGUAACGCUAACCAGGACUCAUUAACUGUCCCGUAUUCAGCCCGUAUCGAUCGAUUCGAGUUCGUCUUCUGGCUGCAAGACCAGCUAAUGGCGCUACCCGGUCGCUGCUGGCAGGAAGGAGAGUACGGAAUCCUCGCUUCACAUCAAUCUACAAGGACGUCUCACGCACUCACAUCGGCGCUUCAAGGCACAAAGUCAAGCCUUAACCAGCCAGAAUUCGGAGCUUUUAUCGUCGCUGGAGCGUUGAAUGAGGUCGAGGACAUCGUGCACUCCCAACAGAUCUCCAAAGUCUUCACCGACGUCUUCCAGGAGCUCCCUGUAGGAGGCUGUAUCGCUAGCAGUAGUGUCGGACCUACAGCGUUCCCUGGAGGUGUCGAGUUACCUGUACGGACCACGGCACAAGUCCAGACUCACACGACAUGCGGCGCCAUCUUUUGCCAUAAAGUAGGAUAA